AUGGGCGGCAACCAUGCUCUGGUCUUCGGAGCAACGGGCAUCCAAGGAUGGGCUGUAGUCAACCAGAUCCUGGAAGGCUACCCGUCUGCCAAUGCCUUUGACAAAGUGACUGCUCUGACCAACCGCCCAAUAACGGAGAAGAUGCUAUGGCCGGAGAGCAAGAAGCUGGAGGUCGUGUCUGGCAUCAAUCUCCUCACAGAUAAAGGCCAAGACGGGUUGGAGGAAGAGAUGAAGGAGAGGAUACCGGACGUGGAGUCGGUCACGCACAUGUUCUUCUUCGCCUACAUAUUCAACGAAGACCCGCCCAAAGAAAUCACCAUCAACAUCCAGCUCCUCGAGCGAGCAGUCAAUGCCAGCCAACACCUUGCCAAAGAACUGAAGUUCGUGCUCCUUCCGACAGGCACCAAAGCCUAUGGCGUACAGUGUCUAGAUCAGUUUCCGUUCGCAGACAAGCUCCCUCUAUCCGAAGACCUGCCCCGAAUACCAGAGCCAUGGCAGAGCCAGAACUUCUACUACAACAUGUGCGACUGGCUGGAAACCGAAUCCAAAGGUAAAAGCUGGACAUGGUGCGAGAUACGUCCAGACAUGAUCGUCGGGUUCGUACCAAACAACAAUGUCUACUGCCUCGCCCAGGUGCUCGCAACAUAUCUGGCCUGCUACCGCGAAAUGGAGGGAGAGGGCGCUGAGUGCGCUUUUCCCGGCACAGAGACUAGCUGGAAGAACCUCAGCAACGACUCCUCGCAAGACAUCAUCGCUCGCUUCUCCAUCCACUGCGCUCUGAACCCUGAUACGUGCGGACAGGGCCAGGCGUUCAACGUCGCGGACCACAGCACACCCACUACCUGGAGCCAGAAGUGGCCAGUCCUCUGCGAAUUCUUCGGGCUGAAGGGUACACCACCACCAAGCGGCGGCAGCGGUCCGGCGCCUGGUCAGUACCUCUCCGACCACCUUCAGGAUUGGAAGAAGCUGGAGCAGCAGCACGGUCUCGCAACUGGACGAGUCGGCAAUGAUCGCAGUCUCGGGAUCUUUCAGUUCUUCAUCAUGACACUUCUCUCUUUCGACCGGCAGCUGGAUCUUAGCAAAAUGCACAAGGCGUGGAACUCCGGUGGUGGGAAGGCGGAAGAGAUCGAUAUCCAGGGGGCUUGGUGGACGGCGUUCAAGCGGUUUAGGGAGGCUAAGAUUAUACCUUAG